CCUCGUUCUGGAUCUCUCCAUCUCUGCCUCGUCUCAGUAGCAGUUUCUCACCGUGUUGGGGCAGCCUCAUUCUCUCCUCCAGGAUGUCGGGCCCUCUAACCAGCACCAUUCUCCUCCUCCUCCUCUCUCUCGUUCUGCUCCACUCACCAGCGCUAAAAGCAAAGCCAUUGUCUGCGGCUCAUGGCCGCAUGCGAAGCCUUGACGGCGAAAUGGUGCGUGUCCGACGGGAUCUCCGCGACUCGCUUCCGUACGAGGCUCAAAUGAUGUCAUACUCACCAGGUGAGAUGAAGGUGCGCGCCAGCGACCUGUACAGCCAAGGAGAUGCCUGGAAGGCAAAAGGUAUGAGUCAGGCUCUCCAGCAGUUGGUGGAGAAUGACCAGAGGCGGGACCAGGAGGCGGCCUACCUGGCCGGCAUGAUGCGCCUCCUAAGCCAAAUCGAUGCCAACAGCCAGGGAGGAGCCAGGGAGGAUGUGGGGGAGACCGGGGACUUCCAGGGGCCCUAUCCGCCGGACUACGACGAGACAGAGCCAGGCAUCAGCAUGGCCAAACCACAGGCAGGCUGGCAGGAUCUCUUAGACCCCCAGCUCACCCAGGCCCUGAUGAAUCGCUACAGGCAGGAAAGACUGCUACAGGAGGCAGCCAAUAGGAUCCCAGAGCAGAGAGAGCAGGACAGAGACCAAGAGGUCCUCAGAUUCCUGGUGGAGAAAAUCCUGUCAAGCCUCUCCCCUGGCAACUCCCCCAGUCCUUCAGGGGGACGUCGGGCGAAGCGAGACGUUGACACGGUCGCUGCCUCAGUGGGGCGGAGUGGUCAAGCACUGAGGCGCUCCCGGCGUUCCCUGGACGCCCCUCCUCCACCUCAGAACUCUGACCAGGUAUCGCUGAUCCGGGUGAAGAGACUCGGGGACGAAGACGAGGAGGCUGCUGAGGGAGACGCGGGACACAGGAUGACCCCCCAGCCCAUCGGCCUACAGAGGAUGAAGCGCAUUGACUUGGAGCCCCAACCGGCCCAACACACCCGCAAACGCCGCUCCCUCACCUACGACCCCAACCUGCUCGCCCAACACAUCCUGCAGUAUCUACCCUAGUGGAGCCAGACAGACAGACAGUCAGAGACAGCAAAGAGAGAUAGAAAGAUCAUGCAGAAUAUUUUGCCAGCGUUCAUGUUCAUGCAUUUUAUUCAGCAUCUAUCCACAGCAGCUCUUCUUGCACAGUAAGUGCAACAUUAAUGUCAUAUCCUGCAGAGGCGUAUAAACAGCACACCGUAUAUAAAUGUAUUUAUGAUGCUUCAUUUGUUCAAAAGCAAUGUCCACGGCGGAGGAGAGAAUGAAAUAGCUUUAAUGGGUUUACCAAGCUUCUCAAGUUCUUUUGUCAACAACCCAGCAGUGUACUGGUUGGUUGGUGUGAAAUGAUUUCAAUAUAACUGGCCCCUAUAUGUGGUCACACUUCA